AUGAAUUUGGAUUUGAAGGGCCCAGGUUCCAACAACUUCUUGCCUAUGGAAAUUCAGAUCCUGCUAGAUAAGUGGCUGUGCAGCAGGACCCAAGCCAUGGAUCACAGCAAAGCAAUCCGGGAGCAGCUCUCAACUAAGAACAUCGUCGAAGCGGCCAAGAAGGUGAUCAGCCGCUACAACCUCAGGGCCAUAAAGACAAACAAGGACAUCGACGCGACGAACAAUGCAACAUGGGAUAAAUUCCUGGCUAAAGAGAUCACUGACGACCAAGCCACAGAGAUGUACCUGAAGCGUAUUCCUCUAGCUGAAGGCCAUCCCACAGCGACGUGGGCGAAGCGGUUCAAGGACAGAUUUGGCUGGCGUACCAAGAGGCUGUCUGCGCCUGGGGACGCGCUCCCGCUGAACCACUGGAAAGUGGUGCAAUGGAGACGGGGUUGGACAGAGGAUCUUGCCAGGGCCAACGUGGACGAGCGCCUUGUCUUGAACUAUGACCAGGUUUGGCGCAUUGUGCAUCGCGGGAGCCAGGUAAAGCUAUACAAGGCACGGGACCGAUCAGGACGCCAGCUCGAUGGGCUGUCGCGCAAGCAGCAGUUCAUGGCGAGAGAGGCUCGGGGAUCUCUGGCUAUGCUCAAGAAGAAAGCCUACGACGAGGCCAACACCUACCUGGACUACGAGUGCCUGGGCGAUUCCACUGAUGAGGAAGUCGAGGCCGAUCCUGACUUCGUCUCCAACAUCCCUGUGGCCGGGGCCCGGCUGCCACAUACCUGCGUCACCUCAGUGUGGGCCAGCGGCCACACAGGGCCCCUCAUCUACGUGUUCGGGUCGAACGGGCCACUCAAGGCGAGCACCGUCGCUGAGCUGAACAACAAGUACCAGGGGGAAAUCUUCUGCAUGAUGAGCGGCAUAGCUACCCACUUCAUGGACACAGAUUCAACUCUGCGCAUGUGGGAGGGUGCCUUUGCACCAGCCUUCGCCCAGCGCCGCAAGGAUUUGGGCUUGACGCGCGCCGUCAGAGGGGCCCUAGUCUAUGAUUCAUUCUCGGGAAACGAGGGGAGCGGUGGGAAUGUCCAGCGCGAGAAGUUCCUGGAGGACCACAACCUGAUCGCGAAGCAGAUUCUUCCGCACGGCACCGCU